AUGUCAACGCCAAGUUCCAAAGAAGAAAAGAUGGCGGUCCGAGACUCCUGGGAUUCGACAAACAUGUCACCCAGUCACUUUCGAGAUGUUUUAAUCUUGAAUCCGGAACCCAGUUCUACAGGAAGUUCUACCAGAAGUGUACGGAAGGUUGUUCCGAACGUCCCUCCCAUUACAGAAGCCAUGACUCCUCCCCCAGUAUCAUCGGCCGCAGCUUCCAGUAGUGCCGCACCGUCCGCCAACAAUACAGCGCCUACGCCACCGCACGACCUUAUUCCUUCUGCGAAUAAAGAAUCCACGAAUACUGCUGUCAAUAUGGUGAGACGAAAGGGUUCCAGCCACAAUUCAGAUAAUAAAAAUAAUAAUAGCAAUUCGGACAGCGGUCACUUUCAGCGCAAACGAAAAUCCAAAAAGCAUCGCAAGCGGGAAUCCAAAGCUGCUGGUGCCGCCGUUUCAAGCUUGGAGGGCACCGGAAGUACAAGCAACAACACCAAUGGCACUACUUGUACCAACACUGGCAGCAAUAUUUUCGACAAGUGUUGCAACAGUCGAAGAGUGGUCCGAUCCACAUUGUCGUUCAUGAAACUAUUGGCCAAGAUUUUGCUGUGGUCGUCCACGGUGGCAUGUACUGCCGCUGUCAUUUGGUAUUCCAACGAAUUGAGAAACAAUGGAACUGACAAGCAUUUGAUUGCUUGGUUCAGUGCCGGUGCCUUUGUAUUGUUGGGAUUCCCCAUUUCUAUUUAUGGAAUUGCCUCUCACUUGGCCAAUUACAACAAGCCAGAAGAACAAUGUUACAUUGUGCGUAUCUUGUGGAUGGUACCAAUUUAUUCGAUUGGAUCUUGGCUAUGUCUGCGAUACAAGGAUCAUUCGAUUUAUAUUGAGACUCUUCGAGAUUUUUAUGAAUCCUAUGUCCUGUACAGUUUCUUUCAGUUUUUGAUUGAAAAUCUGGGGGGAGAAGAACAAUUGAUUCUCAUGUUGAAGGACAAGUCGCCCACAAGAGGUGCUCACAUAUGGGGAAUGCAAUGGUGUCUCAAACCGUGGCUCAUGGGGCAACCGGUGCGAAAAGUCUACGAAACAGCGGCGCCAUCAUCAUCUGCUGCACCUACUCCCGUCAAGAGCAAUUCCACCACACAAUCAUCAUUGAAACGAGUGCAUUGGACUUCUCCUUUUUUCGUGCAAUGCAAGUUUGGAGUCCUUCAAUAUGUCUUGCUCAAAAUUCUUUGUACGGCGUUUGUCAUGAUUUUGGAACAUUACGAUGUCUACAAGGAGGGGAACUUUACGCCCAAGGGUGGAUACUUGUAUAUUUGUCUACUGACCAACACCAGUCAAUGUUGGGCACUGUACUGUCUCAUCAUUUUUUACUAUGCCACCAAGAAUGAACUGGCGCCCAUUCGACCCGUCGGCAAAUUCCUGGCAGUCAAGAGUCUUGUCUUUUUCACGUGGUGGCAGUCGUUGGGAAUUGCUAUUCUGUAUCAGAUGGAUUUGAUUCCACACUAUCAUUCAGGAGUAAUUGACGACAACAAUGGCAUGGGAACUUCUAAUAUGCCAAUGACAGCAGAAGAGGCAUUGGCAUUUGAUGAACAUGGUGGCAAUAUUUUGGAUUCGUCGCAACAAUUGGGUCAAGAAUGGACUGCGGAAGAUGUUGCAAAGGGAUUGCAAGAUUAUCUUAUUUGCGUCGAAAUGUUUGCUGCAGCGAUUGUGCACAUUUUCGUCUUUCCACUAUCAGAAUACGACCCUCUUGUGAUCGAAGCGCGAGCAAGAGGAUUGAAUCAACGACCAAAUGAGCAUUGGAACAAACGAUUGGGCCGAAGAUGGAAGGAUUGGGAUAAUAAGAGUGGGUAUUCGGGAGCAACCAAUACUUCUUCGGAGUACGAAGUCUCUCAAAGGAUUCACAAAAGUGAUUCCAUUGAUGAGGGAGAUGACGACUUGAGAAUACAUCCAAUGGAUGAAAUGGCCACAGAAUCACUGGAGAGACGUCCUUUGCUGGCGCUGGAGACUGUGCAGUCAGCUGGCAAUCUAGAUGACGAGGAUUAUAUUUCGACAUCUUGUGAGGACGAGGAUUAUUCCGAUGGUUCGUCAACAGAAGAUGCAGAUGAAGAGAACCCUUCUCGAAACAGCAUUCAAUCGUCUCCUCGAAGAAAGCAAGGGUUCGUCUCGGCAUUGCUUGAUUCUACGAUUCCUCAAGAUUUGCGAGACAACACAGUGGGAAUCAUCAAGGGAGACUAUGUCGUAGAAAAGAAGACUUUGUUGCAUCAUGCUGCAACAUCUGAUAGCUAUGAUUUGUUUUCCCGUGUUCCAAGGAUGAAGAUUAAGAAGAAUAGCCAAGAUUGA